AAAUUCUGGACCACCCUCUAAUGAAUAAACCAUUUUCAGUUAACUCAAAUUAUCCAUUCUUUCUUAGAGAAACCAAGAAAAUUUAUUUCAGCUUCUCUGUUUAGAAGAAAGAAGAAAAAAAUGUUGGCCAUAUUUCACAAGGCGUUUGCUCAUCCACCCGAAGAGCUAAAUAGCCCUGCAUCUCUCAAAAGUUCAAAGAAGCCUAAAUUACCUGAAGAAGCUCUUCAAGAAUUCCUUUCUUCUCACCCUACUAACACUUUCUCUAUGAGUUUUGGGGAUGCUGCUGUUCUUGCUUAUGUACGACCUGAUCACCAAUCUCUUUUUCAUCAGAACCAGAGGUUGUUUUGUGGGUAUGAUGAUAUAUAUUGCCUUUUCAUGGGGAAUUUGAACAAUUUAUCUGCACAGAUCAAGCAGUAUGGAUUAGCAAGAAAUGCAAAUGAGGCCAUGCUUGUGAUUGAAGCUUAUAGAACACUUAGGGACCGUGGUCCUUACCCGGCUGACCAGGUUAUUAAGGAUCUUGAAGGAAGCUUUGCUUUUGUUGUCUAUGACAGCAAAGUUGGAACUGUUUUUACUGCACUGGGUUCUGAUGGAGGAGUUAAGUUGUACUGGGGCAUUGCUGCAGAUGGUUCUGUGGUGAUUUCUGAUGAUUUAGAGGUGAUCAAAACCGGCUGUGCAAAAUCAUUUGCACCAUUUCCAGCAGGGUGCAUAUUCCACAGUGAGGGAGGAUUAAUGAGUUUUGAGCAUCCAAUGAAUAAGCUAAGGGCAAUGCCAAGGGUGGAUAGUGAAGGGGUGAUGUGUGGGGCUAAUUUCAAAGUUGAUCAUUAUGCUAGAGUCGAUAGCAUUCCCAGGGUUGGAAGUGAAGCCAAUUGGGCAGAAUGGAAUUCUCAUGAACCAUAAUUUAUCAAAUUUCUUGUUUUCCUUUCUUUUUGUUAUUUUGGAGUCUUUUGAUCUUUCUUUGGUUUCUUCUUUAAGCUUGUGCCUGUUUCUGGCCCAGCAAUGGACACAAAAUGUACAAAAAAAUAAUCUGAAACUUGAUUUUGGUUCAACCUUACA